UUCUUCUAUAAUGCUACAAACAAGGGGCGCCAAAUGCGACCGUUUAAAUAUCGUCAACAAAAUGCAUUUCGUGCCACAAAAAAUGAAGAAGCUGCAUUUCGUGCAUGAAAAGUAAAAUUCGCUUUGCGAUUCAUGUACGAAAUGUUACAUUUUCCACCUGAUGGGCUACACAGACCUGGGCUGGCUUCAAGGAGCUACCUUGUCCUGCUCUGUUACAUCUUUGGGCGAAUUUCCGCUCCACCAACAGCAGUAUGUGACACCACAGUAUGCUAAUUUGUGACGUUGUUACACCGCUUGCGACUUCCAAGGCGAUCAAGUCUCGGUAGUUAUAAGCGCGAUGGAUCAGGUGCGCAGGUCGGCAGGCGAGGCGUUGUGGGGCAUGUGUGCCGCGGAUGCCAUGUCCAUGCCGGUGCACUGGUAUUACACCGUUCAGGACAUCAAGAACGACUUCGGGGGCUGGAUAGCGUGCUUCCAGUCGCCGAGGAGCCGACAUCCGUCCAGUAUUCUCACGCUGUCAAACACAGCGGGCAGCGGCCGAUCUCGGUCCUCAGUCCAGCGCCCCCCGGUGGUGGGCAGUGUCAUCCUACACGACAAGCUCAAAUUCUGGAAGUUGCCAGGCGGUUCAGUCCAUUAUCACCAAGGGCUCCCUGCUGGGGGGAACACACUGAACAUGCUGUGCACACUGAGAGUGGCACGGACGCUGACCGAGGGGGGGUCCAGCAGCGUGGGGGGGUCGGGCAGCGUGGGGGGGUCCUGGAGCGCGGCGGAUCGGCUGGCCCGCGCGGCGGUACUGGCCGAUUACGUGCGCUUCAUGACCACACCCGGGUCACAUGAUGACACCUACGCCGAAUCCUUCCACAGAGCCUUCUUCUCCGACUGGCAGGAGACACGGCCUACCUCUCCCAGUGAGGUUUUGGAGUUUGCUGAAAGGCGCUAUAAAGAGAAGAUGAGCGGCUUGAUCGCUGACAGCCAGCUGGAUGCCAUCGGCUGCCUCCCCAUGGCGAUUCCUUUCCUACUGCUGUCCGCCCACGCUACUGAAGACCAGGCUGUGACGGCAGCAGUAGAGUUUGUUCGGCUCACUCACCCUCACCCGCGGCUGGACGGGUGCGUCUCCCUGUACGCCCGGGCGCUCCACGCCGCGCUGAACGGGGCGUGUAUCAGACAGCUGAGCGAGGCGGCGCUACGCUCGCCCGCCCUGGACGUGUGGGACACCUGCCAGCACUACAUGCACAGAGCGUCCAGGUUUCCCGGGAGCUCAGAGGAGAGGCUGCAGGUGCAUCAGAGUGCAGUGGCUGCGCUGGGGCUGGCCUGUUACACUAAAGGUGCGCUCAGCAGUCUGUUCUAUCUGGCUCAUGAGUUUCAUGAUGACCUUCGUGGAGGAAUCCUGGCGAAUACUAACUGUGGAGGGGAGAACUGUAACCGUGGUGCUGCACUCGGAGCUCUGCUGGGGGCGGGGCGUGUAGGCGGAGCCGUGCCUCAGGAGUGGAAGGAAGGCCUGGUCAACGCUCGGGAGAUACGGGCUAUCCUGGAGAACAUGUAAUAACACACGCACACACUCACACUGCCCUAAACAAAGCCCGUCUGCUGAUGAGAGCUGAAAUGCUGCCCUCUGCUGGUAGAAUAGGCACAGUGGAAGGGACAGGGCUUGCUAUCCUUUUUUCUGUGGCCGGGUGGGCGGCUGCAGCCGAUCAGAAAAAGGCAGAAAAGCCUGCUCUAAUAAAGUUGCUGGAACACCAUGUGAUGUUCAUUGCUUGCGAGUGAUUUAAUCAGCUUGCUGUUUCAUGAAUAAUUAAAUCAGCACUGGCACCUUGUGUUGGAUACGUUUCAUGUAUGUUGUUUUGUGAAAAGUUAAAUAAGUACUGAUGUGGUGUGUGUGAUGAUGUGUCCUUUUGCUGUUUGGCUUCCCCUAGUGGGUAAAUAAGGAAGUGAAAGCAGUGGUGUCCACUCUGGAUAACUGCUGGGGCUGCUAUACUUGAGUUUUUGUUGCUAUUCUGUACUGAAUUGGUUGAUUAAAGAUGUUGAUCACAUAUUUGA